CCGUUCUAUAUAAUAACCCUGUCAGAUCUACUGUAGGCCAAGAGCACACCCUUUUUUUUACAAAGAUGGAAGCGUUUACCUUGUCUUCUGACUUCGGAUAUGUUGUCCUUGUUGUUGUUGCAACCGUUUUCCUGUUGCAAUGGUUAGGGAUACAAGUUGUUAUGGCCAGGAAGAAGUAUGAAGUUUCUUACCCUAGGAUGUACAGUGAUAAUGAUGACCGAUUCAACUGUGUACAGAGAGCACAUCAGAACACGUUGGAAGUGUAUCCCACAUACCUAAUACUGCAGAUAUUUGGAGGCCUCUAUGCACCGAAACUUGGGGCUCUCUGUGGCCUGAUCUGGUUGGCUGGACGAGUGGCCUAUGCAUUGGGAUAUUAUACUGGUGACCCAGAGAAGAGAAAUAGAGGAGCUUUUGGAUACAUUGGCUUGCUGACUCUACUCGUCUGUACCGUGAUGUUUGGUCUAUCACUCCUAGGUUUCAUCUAAUCCACCAUCAAAAAUAUCUCCUAUGGAACUUCAUUUGUGCAAACACUUUCACUGCAGCAAUAUUAUGGUGAUUGAGGACUUUGAUGUUGAGUACCACAAACUCAUAUACAGUGUAUAUAACCAAUUAGGAUAAUCACAUACCAAUCUUAUAUACUAACUCUCUUUGUCCUAUCAUAUCAGGAAACUCAUAACAGUUUAGAAUGUAUUCAAUUAUUGAAUAUAGGCCUAUAGGAAUUCAAAUAAUGAAUAUUCAUUCCUUAAUUACAUCUUAUGACAAAUCCAAAUAACAAAGUUUAGUUUCUGUGGAAGGAAACUGAGUGCCCUGUCAUGUACAGCUUUGUACAUAUGUAUGUGGUCUAUGAUAUGUGUCAUGUUUUGUAAAUUCAUAUUCUCAGGAAUGUUAGAAACUUUUUGUCAUCCUCACAAAUGCAGCUGAUGCCAUUUCUCUGUUCUUGUUUUGUUUAUUGAAUCAUUUGGACAUAUUUUUACAUAAGGAUAUUUGAUAUUUGAUAUAUCCUAUCAUGGUUGUGUGUUCUAUCAUGAUGUCUACAUUUAUAGAGGUUACACAACGAGUGAUUGUUGUUGGAUAUGGAAUUUAUUUCACUUGAGUAAGUUAUUUUUUUUUAAGAUUUAAAAGACACGUCUUUUGUAAUUUUUAAAAAAUAACUUAAGAGUGUGAAAUAAAAAUCACGAGUCGCGUGACCUGUUUAAAAGGGAACGUGGCCUAGUCUAAUUUUGCGUAUGCAAAAAAAUGCACUAGUGGAAUAUAACAUACCAGUCAGCACAUUUAUACAAUGGCCUGAGAGUGGAAUAACACAGUGUAUUGUAUUGUGGUAGAAAUGAGGAUAACCCUGGUCUUUUAGUUUUAAAUUGUCUCCUGACAUUCUUGUAUCCAAGAAAUUGUAAUGUCUAAUACAUGUAUGGUUAUCUUUGUAAAAUAAAUAAUUAAAGUUUGAUUUUUAA